AAAUUCAACAGCUUCAUCUAUCGGUUUUGAAUAGGCGAAGUUCUACAGAUUUUGUGGUGGGUUUUUUUUACUGUUUAUGUGUUUAUGUAUGUGAGAUCUAUUUUUGUUUUUUUUGUUCAUCAAAACCUAAAAUUGUUUCUGUGUUCCGAUUGGUACUGUUAUACUAGCUGAUUUGAAUUGUGAAUAAUCUUUAUUUAUUUACUUAUUUAUUAUUUUACUCUUAAUUUUGUUUGUUUUUGUGCUUAUUCACUGAAGUUGUGCUACUGAUCAGCGAACUGUGAAUUCUCGGUCACCGAAGACUUUCCCAUGGAGUACAAAUGGGAGGAGAAUGAUGUUGGUGGAGAUGUACCUGAAUUUGGUGCAAUCUUCAUGUCAAAUAUUGCAACGAAGAGGGAGUGCUUUAAACGGAAAGUUUUUGGUCUUCCAUCUUCCAUGGCUAGUUUUGUUAAGCAGGUUAAAGUAGGAAUGGUUUUAUUCUUGUUUGAAUUUGAGAAACGACAGCUUUUCGGUGUUUACCGGGCCACUUCUGAUGGUGGAAUGAAUAUUGUGCCCCAUGCAAUUAAUUCUUCUGGGAAGCGAUUCUCAGCACAGGUCUGUUUUACACCAAUAUGGAUUUGUAGGCCACUUUUUGAAAAUGAAUUCCGAGAGGCUAUUAAAGAGAACUAUUUUUCGACGAAGAAGUUCCAUUUUGGUCUAUCCAAAGAACAGGUUCGCCGCCUUCUGCAUCUGUUUAGUACAAGAAAGCUAAAUGAUAUGCUAGCCCCAAGACAAAUGACCAGAGUAGUGACUGAGUCUGCUAGUAAAGAUGGAAGACUGGGGGUUGAUCGUGGCUUGUUUGCCAGAAGAGAGAGUUUGGAAAUGGAACAUUUUGAGGACGACUUCACUUCAGCAGAUAUGAAUGAAUUGGUGGAGUAUACUCCAGAUAGAGUUUUUGAAGUGGAUGAGAACAUGCAUUUUGUAGAUGAUAGGCUAGAGAAUGGAAAGACAGUGGUUACUUUUGGACUCAAUUCCUGGACUGAUCAAGCUGGUGAUUUUCUUCAUACAAGGAAAAGAGCACAUGACAAUGAAGCAGAAAGUGAAUUAUAUGACACCCACACCUCUUUGCUCCCUUAUGAGACUGACAACCAGGAAGCUUUCUUGGAUAAAGAAAGAAUACAAGCUGCUUGCAGCAGAUCUCUAAUGGCUGAGAAUACUGUAAAUGACUGUAAUAUCUAUUCUAGUCUUUCUCCUGCUGUUGCCACCAGCUAUACUGAGGACGCCUCUGAUUUAACAAGGCGAGCAGUUUAUGAAAGGUCUUUGUUUGAAGGUGCGAACGUCCAUGGAAAUGAUGACAUGUUCCGAAUGAAUGAUAAUAUUGAAAAAAACCUAAAUUUGCGUGGUUCUUUUAGACCUAUGAUGUCUAAUGAGAAUGAGCAAGACCUCGAGAGACAUGGAAGAGCAGUAGGUGAUCAUAGGUUUUUCAUGCAUAGUAGUGGAUCAGAUCAGAAGCAUCCCGUGAAUGAUGAUUUUAACCCUGUCCAUCCAUCAGAAAAUUUCGAUAAUUCUUUACACAGGAUGAAAGGGCCAUCUAGUGAUAGGAAGCUUUUGAUGGGUGAAAGACUAGCUAGCGAACGUGAUUUGGAUAAUGGACUUCGGUUAGACUUUUUGUCUGAGAAACUUCGAGAUCCAUUUGACAGUGAUCAAAGAAAAUUUGAUCAAAGAAGAUUUCUCCAAAGGGAUAAAGUUAUGAAAGCAAAUUAUAGGGAUGGAGUUCAUGGCUCAACGAACUCACAUGUUCCAUCAGGGUUUGGCAGAAGCAAAGGACACGUAGCCAGCAAUGCCCUGUUGAGUGAAAAGAGAGUGGACAACAGGCAUGACAUUGAAAUGUUCUUGCAGCCUGUCUCAUCCAAGUACACUGCUUUUCCUCACCCAAAGCAGGAUUUGUGGGAGUGCUUUAGCAAGCCCUCUCCAGACACUCAAUUCUCUCAGCUGGAAGGACGACAUCAUUUCAGGAACUUGAAUUCAACAUUUCAUGAUUCAGUGGUUACCAGAACUGUCGCUAGUGCCCCUGAACCACCUACUUUCCACCAUGGACACACUCUGUCCAAUGUAGUUGAUCGGGGUGCUAGUAUAGUGCUAGAUAAUCCUCAUUAUGGUUCUGGAGGGGAUUCACUUGCUUUGUCAAACAGUAAAAUGUAUGAUAGAGAAGGCUUUGGUAGAUACGAUCAUACUUCUGAUUUUGGUGAUGAAAAUCCCUAUUCUACCAAUCGUGCUUGCCACUUCCAUCCUGGUCAAAGUUCUCAGAGCAUGGAAUUAAUAUCUUCGGCCCCUGCUGAUGUAAGGGGUUUAGUAUCUACCGUCGCUUCUCUUCCUUUAACUGAGUCUUUUGACUUGUAUUCCUAUAAGAAGUCUCCUUUUGCAUCUGACACUCAUUCUAUGAUGUCGCAAGGAAAGCAAAAGCAUAUUUACUUGCAAGAAAAUAAUGAAAGAAUUGCUGGGAAUAUAGUUCUGUCUUCUAAACUAAAUUUGGCUGGUUUAGAUGCAUAUCACCAAGAAAGAUAUUUGGAUAAUGACACAGUUGACUGGUUCAAAAGCUGCAAUACAGACAAAGCAAUUGAUGAUGGUCAACAUUGCUUAAAUCCUGGAGCUGGAUAUUCUGAUUUUGGCAAGCAGAGGAGAAGUGUCUUUACUCGGUUAAGAUUGACCCCAAGGAUAUCUGCGCAAGAAGAAAAAGAGAAGGUUGCUGACUUUUAUAGGGUUAAAUCAGUAGAUGAACUGAUGGACAUGUUGAAUGAUACUCAGAAUUUUCGGAAUAAAAACCUUAGGAAAUUUAAACCAGUAGUUAAACAGCCUGACAGGAAUGAGCUGCCAAGGACCGAAAAGCGGACAUCUCCUGAACUAGUGCAGCCAAGAUUUGCAACAACAAUAGUGGACGAGAAACUGGGUGUUGAUGUUAAAGAGGGUACUGAUGAGUUACCAAAAGAGACAAGGGCAGUAGAGUUUAAGCGUCGGAGUGAAUUGAAGAAAGAUUUGGAUGAAAACAGCACAAAAAGUAAUCACAGUACUCAGGACGGUACAUCCAGAUACAUUCAUGAGAAUAAAUUCACAGAAAAUGCAGAGCCUGAGGGCGAACUGAAUAAGCCAGCAAAGCGUAGAAAGCUUGUGCGGCCAGUCUUUUAAUAACGUCUCUGCUGAUGGAGUUACUGGAAAUUAUAACUUACUUCCUUGGUCUGAGUCAUUUACAAAUGAAACAGUGAUUUGGGUGAAAUCAGCUAAACCAUGUGAUGCUAUCAUGACAUCUUAUGCUGGAUGAGUUCAUACUAGUUCGGUACAUCUGAAUGGUCACUACUAUAGAAGCUACACUGACGUCAGCAGCAUUUCUAAAGACCUAUGAAUGUACCAAACUUUCUUUUUCUGACACGAACCAACUGGAAGAACCUUUCUGCAUACAUUUGCACUACAAUUUGUCGUUGAUGGGAGAGGUAUAUUCCUUGGUUAGGAUGAUUUUUGCUGUGCUACCUUCUAUCUAUGAUCUAUCUUGUAAAGGGGUUGCUUAAAAAAAAUGCACUAGACAUGGGAUGUUGGUUUAUUUCUGCACUGUGUUUUGGUACCUUCAGCUGAAUUGAGAUUAAGAGGACGUGAGUUGUUACACAGGAUCAGGCAACCUUGACACUGACCAGGCUUGUAAAGAAUGUUGCAGUGGCUGGUGUGCUUGAUGAUAAACACCACCAAAAACAAUUGGAGAACAAGUAGAGGUUUGGAACUUCUUUUGAAUUGCAUCUCAAAUACUAGCUGGUCCUUUUUCUGCUGGAUCUUUUGCCAAGGGCUGGAGGUAUGCUUUAAAGUCUAUAUGGCGUUUACAAGAUUAAUGAAAAGCAGGCGGUCCACAGAGAGCUAGUGAAGCUCAUAAAUUAGCUGAUGUGGUGAAAUUCUGAUAUUAGUGAAGAAACUACGUAAAUGGAGUUGCGGAUACUUGCUUCCUUUUCUACUUUUGGUUCUUUGCUUGCAAAUUGCCAUGAAACUGAUGAUGUUCUCAUGUCAUUGCUACAAUUCUUACUUUGCUUUUAGGAUUUUGUAUUAUAGUUUCUACGUUGGUAGAGAGAGUUGAAAACUGCUGGUUGGAGCAAGUCUAGGCUGUCAAAUGUCGCUUUCUCAAUUGGGACCGAUAUGAGCAUGAUGAGAUCAAAGAUUGUAGCUUAAGGUUGGCCUUGUAUAAUUGUGUCAAGCUUGACAAGGUUCUGUUUAAACUGACUUUGGCCGGUUGAUCUUUUUUGUGUCAAGGCAAGUUGAGAUGUAAAUUUUAUGACCUGUUGUCAAUUUUACUCUUAUUUAAGCCCUUUCCAUCAUGAGUUUGAACGCUGAAUGUGUUUCAACUUUCAUGUAUUGAUUUUAGUUAAUAGCUUUGCAGGA